AUGGGGCCCCCGGGCAAUAGGGGAUCAUGGGUCCCCUGUGUCCUUGCCCAAACUCAAAAAAGCCUAUGAAAAAGUAGGUACUGCUGUGUCACAGAAUUCACUGGGCCUGCCUUCUGAGCUACAGAGAUGCUGAGAGGAGGAGUUUCAGGAGGUAGAGUCAGUACCGGGGGGCGGACUGACAACUCAUGGGGCCCCCAGGCAAUAGGGGAUCAUGGGGCCCCUGUGUCCUUGCCCAAACUCAAAAAAGCCUAUGAAAAAGGUGCCAGGGGCAUCUUAUGGGGCCCCCCACUGCCCCCGGGCCCUCGGGCAGUGCACAAGUUUCCAAAUGGUCAAUCCGCCCUU